AUGUCUGGAUUGUUUAAGAAGAGCAGACACAAUGCGCCAGCUAGUCCAGCAAGUCCAGCUAUCCACUCACAGCAUUACGGAGACCCGCAAUGCAGUAGUGAUAGACUACAACAAGAAUCAAGACACUCAGAGACGACCAAAGGCGAUACUUCCUAUCGCCCACAUCUAUUCAGAUCGAAAACCUGGCAGAUAUCUAGCAGUAGUAAGGAAAGUCUUGCAACAGAUGGAUUAAGCCCCAAGCUUUCAAAAUCACCAAAGCUAAAUGGAAGUGUGAAGUCAUUCUUCUCCACGAAAUCAAGAAAAAGUUCGGACGAGGAAGAUGAUUCGGAUGAUGAAUUUUGGCAAUGUAAAGGGAAAGAAGGAACUGGAAUGCUUGAGGGAGACGGGAAGUCAAAUAGAAAAGUCAAGUCACGCCAACCAGUGUACAUUAAUACACCUAGUCCCAUUCCCAUUCCCAUUCCUAGUCGCUAUAAGCCCAAAGCUGUCCAAAUCCAACGUGGAGUUUCGACCCGAAAGAAUCGUAAACCGUCUAAAUCUACUAUACUAAGCAGUCGCACAAGUUCUAAAGAUCCAUCAGCUUCACGAACAACGGAAGCAUCAUCUGUCCUUUCUUCGGCCUAUCCAAGAUCACCCUAUGGAAAUUCAACGGCAGCUUCAUCCUUCCUUGACCCGCGAUCAAUAACUUCUGUCUACAAUCAAAGAGAGCAUGGAAAGAUUAACUCAACUGGAGGCUCUAACAGUGACUCUGAUUUGGAAGAAGAACAUCGUGGAAGAGAUAGCAAAAAUUUGCGCAGAGAACGGUCUAAAUAUCUAGAAGCCCAACGUUCUGAAAAUAGCAUUUCUUUCACAAUGGGCAACAAAGACAAAAUCAAAUCGAAAAGUCAAACUUACAAAACUUUAGAAAGUAGCACCAGUAGCCAAGAUUAUCGUCGCAACGGAGAAAAGAGGAACCAACGCGCCGGCAGUCGCAUCGGGAAUGACGAUAGAUUUUACUAUCACGAAGAACGAGACUACGCUGUCCACGACUUCUGUAAUAAACACAAGUUCUCCGCUACACGGACAGGUUCCAAUCCCUCGGCACAGGGAGCUACAAUAACCAACACUCGAGGAGACAAGAAUAAAGCCUUACCCAAACUCCCUAUCGAUGCUCAAAUGGCCAAGCCGCAUUAUGAUUAUACUGAACAUUAUCUCUCUACUCGUGUUGCAAAUCACAACUCGGAGAGAGUCCACUCGAAGACUGGUCCGAGGCGUCUCAAAUACUAUGAAAGUUAUGAGGGCGCGCAUCAAGGGUGGCGGUAA